AGACCCGAUUGGAGGGUGUUCGCAGGGACGGGGCUAUUGAUCUGGGCAGCUGGACUGCAGGUGCACAUGUGGAAGCUCCAAAAGCAGCCUGAAUUCAAGGAAAAGUUUGAGAAGAGCGUUCCCAUCGAAGAGGAAAAAAGCAAGACUCAGUGGAGUGUUCGCACGAAAUUCUAGUACAACAUUAGUGCUACUCCGACGUGGGAUAGUUCCAAGGUAAAACCUGACUGGGCCAGUGUCCACAGCUGCAGCAGGAGGCAGCAAUUCAGCAUCGGGGCAUGACUAGCGGUGUCAAUAACUUGGAGCCACACCUACAGCAACUACAGUGUGCCGGCCAUCUUGGCGCAUCAAGAUGGCAGGCACAGCGCAUCGCACUAUGAACCAUUAUGAGGCCCUGGAUGUGGCCUCGGAUGCCUCACAGGAGAGUAUACGGACAGCCUAUCGCGCUGCAGUGUUGCGGUUGCACCCUGACAAAGUGGCAUCACAGACGGGCCAGAAGGAUUGGCAGAGGACAGCAGAGUUCUUAAGGGUGCAGCAAGCCUGGGAGGUCCUGAAGGACACACAUAGAAGGGCGGCUUACAACCAGCUUCUUGUGGCUCAGGCUCUACAGAAAGAGCUUGCAGUCUCUGCCGAGGUGGAUCUGGACGACAUGCUGUGCCAUGACAACCCAAUUGUGGCCUUAUGUACCUUCACCUACCCUUGCCGCUGUGGCAGCAGCUUCACCCUGAGCGAAGCAGACUUGUCAGAAGACUCAGACAGCGCCCUAGUCCAGUGUCAGAACUGCUCAUUAGCCAUCAGGGUGCUGUACACUGUGCAACCAGCCAGCAGUGCAUAGCAGCACGAUGCCCAUCGCAGAUUCACCCUGGAGGAUUAGCUGAUCAGAUGCAGAAAGCUGCAUCUACUGGUAUCAAAAGCUGGAUCUAAAGGUAGAAGGCAUGCAGUAAUUUUUUGUAGCAUUUUGUGGACUGUCUUGAAUACUUUUUUCCUCCUUAGCUUUAUGACUUGCUAGUCCUGUGGCGAUGAAAACACAAUACUGCACAUUACAUGUUAAUGCCAUAACCAGAGGGGCCAUCUUUGUGUUUGGCACUUCAAAGGACUUGCCCUCUUGCUCUGGAAUCGAGACCUGUCAGGCCUCACCUUGCAACGCAAGACAUACAUUGGCAAUCUUCUGAUAAUCUAUGCUAGAGUAAGGUGGCAUCUGCC